AGAAUGAACUCGCUCACAGUUUCUUCAUUAUGGAUAUGCUAAAUCGCUAAUCGCGUGUAUUAGAGACACGUUCGGCGCGACUCCGAGCGAAAGCCUUCACGCUCGCAUCCGCUCCCUCCCCGCGCAUUCCGCCGUCCGCGCCCGUCCUCUCGACCACAAGAGUGCUGGCUGCGGGCGUUGAGUCAGCCGGAGGCCGUCGCGCAGCUGACAUCGCACCGUCCUAUGCAACAAUAUACGAUCCUCUCUUAACUAAACUUUUUACAAGUGUCUGCAAGGUUCAACCAUGGAUGUCGAGGAGUUUCGCGUUCGAGGCAAGGAGAUGGUGGACUACAUCUGCACUUAUAUGAAUACGCUGCCUACUCGGCGCGUGAUUCCUGACGUGGAGCCGGGGUACCUUCGCAAAGAGCUGCCGGCGGAGGCCCCGCAGCAGCCAGAGAACUGGGACGAUGUCAUGAGCGACGUGGAGAAGAAGAUCAUGCCCGGGGUGACGCACUGGCAGCACCCGCGGUUCCACGCGUACUUCCCGGCCGGAAACGGGUACCCCUCGAUCCUCGGGGAUAUGCUGUCUGCUGGUAUCGGCUGCAUUGGAUUCUCUUGGGCUGCAAGCCCAGCGUGUACUGAAUUGGAGGUCAUAAUGCUGGACUGGAUGGGUAAGGCCAUUGGCUUACCACCCAGCUUUUUAACGCUUGAAGAGGGAAGCAAAGGUGGCGGUGUCAUAGAGGGUUCUGCUAGCGAGUGCGUGCUUGUCUCAAUGCUGGCUGCAAGGGCCAGUGGCAUUAAGAGGUUAAAGCAUCAAUUCCCCAACGUAGACGAAGGUCUCUUGCUCUCCAAAUUGAUCGCCUACUGCUCCAAAGAGGCGCACUCUUGCGUCGAGAAGGCGGCUAUGAUCAGCUUUGUGAAGCUCCGCAUCUUGCAACCUGACUCCAAUGGCGCUCUUCAGGGUGAAACUUUAAGACAGGCUAUGGAGGAGGACGUAGAAGCCGGCCGGGUUCCAUUCUUCGUAUCUAUAACUCUGGGAACAACUUCGUGCUGCUCCUUUGACAACCUUGAGGAUAUUGGACCUGUCGUUCGAAAAUUCCCAAGCGUGUGGCUUCACGUAGACGCAGCUUACGCUGGCAGCUCUUUCCUCUGCCCUGAGCAUAAGUACCAUCUCGCUGGGAUAGAGUAUGCUGAUUCCUUUAAUACCAAUCCCAAUAAACUUAUGCUGACCGCCUUCGAUUGUUCUCUUCUGUGGGUUACUAACCGCUAUCUAUUGACGUCAGCCCUCGUCGUCGACCCACUUUACUUACAGCACUGCUUUGACCACACAGCCAUCGAUUAUAGGCACUGGGGUGUGCCAUUGAGCCGCCGCUUCCGAUCGCUCAAGCUAUGGUUUAUGUUACGAAGCUACGGUAUCAGUGGCCUACAGAAAUAUGUGAGGCGUCAUUGCGAACUAGCAAGAUACUUCGAACAACUCGUCAAGAAAGAUGAUAGAUUCUUAGUCUGCAAUCAAGUUAAGCUGGGCUUGGUGUGUUUCCGCCUGGUGGGAAAUCCCGAAGACCCUGUAGAGGAGAUAGACGAGCUGAACAAGAAGCUGUUGACUAACAUCAACGCGUCCGGCAAGCUGCACAUGGUGCCCGCUUCUGUCGCCGACCGGUUCGUCAUUCGCUUCUGUGUUGUUUCGCAACACGCCAACCGUGAUGACAUAGAAACAGCAUGGGAUAUCAUCACCGACUUCGCUACCGAGCUUCUGGAAGGACCUGACAAGGAACGGGAUUUGAACGAGGAACGUGCUCGUCGCCACAAGGCGGCGCUGGCGCACAAGCGCUCGUUCUUCGUGCGCAUGGUGAGCGACCCGAAGAUCUACAACCCUGCCAUCAACAAGACACCGCCGCCGGUGGCCACCACCCCUGGAUCCCCGCCGGCCAUGGUCGCACCCACUACGCCGGACUCGCCUGACUACGACAAGCUCCAACCUUCUACCCCGAAGCAAUCAUCUUGGAUCAGCUGGCCGCUCGGCUUCUUUUUCCAGAGCGUGGAUAAUGACGGCAACGACCUGCCACUUAGAUUCCGUCACCUGGACACGAUGGUCCGGCUGAAGAGCCCAGGCACGAGCCGGCGCGGCUCCUCGCCUUGUGCCUCUCCCGAGCACCGCGCGCCCUCACCCCACCAUUGACUGACCUCAACCAGUAGACAACACCCGCAUUACUAUCACUUAUCGCAGAAAUAAAUCAUACCUACUUAUGUGAGCAU